GGACAGGAGUGUGGCUCCAGGACCCACUUUUAUUCGUGAGAUAUCGGCCAGACGACCAGCCAAAGGACAGGGAUGCGGCUGCCGCUUGCUGUGAGCGUCACGAUGGUGGCCGUUGUGACGCUGGCUGCAGAUAACGCCACCUCGACUUCCUCUCAGCGUCAGAACAGGGCCCUGCUGGCGUCACCGGGGUCUUUUCACGUACUCGGUGAUGUUCUGUUCGGUGAUCCGUCUCACAAACAUAAGUACCAGCCCGAGUGCAGCCGGUUCCAGCCGUGCCGGCGCGGGUUCUGCGUGCUGAACCACUGUGUUGACUGCCAGUACGACGAGGACUGUCCCGCCGGCCGCGUCUGCGUCUCACAGAGCUGCGUUCAGUGCUCCGUCGACCAGCAGUGCCCGUUCGGCGCCCUGUGCCGGAACGGCGUCUGCGACGGGACGUGUCAGCUGGAUAGCCAGUGCCGGCCGGGCGAGGUGUGUGUGAGCGGCCGGUGUCAGGCGGCAGUCACGGGACCUCUGGUGUGCACUGUGGACACCGACUGCCCCUCCCGGCUCUGCACCAGGGGCAGGUGUGAGAGGUGUGUGCUCGACUCCAACUGCCGCGUCGGCCGCUGCGUCGCCGGGGUGUGUGUUGGCUGCGUGUUCGAUGCCGAGUGUGGUCCCCUGCAGCGGUGCGUGCUCGGCGUGUGUCUAGCGGGGGAGGUGGUCACUCCCGUCCUACCUGCCGGCUGUACCUCGGACCUCGAGUGUCCCUCACGCUCCUGUGUGCUCGGGGUGUGCUCCGAGUGCUCGGCCGUGUUCCCGUGCGCCGAUCCCAGCGAGCUCUGUGUCGGCGGCGUGUGCCGGGCCCCCGGCGGGGUCGGAGCCACCUGUGUUGUCUCGCUGCAGUGUGCCGCGGGGGUCUGCGUCCUGGGGCGGUGCGUCGAGUGUGGCGCCGACUCUGACUGCGCGGGAGGGGAGUUCUGUUCGACCACCUCCCGGUGUGAGGCCCGGCGCGGUCUGCUGCGGCCCUGCACCGAGGACCGGCAGUGUCUCUCCGAUAUCUGCCUGGACCGUCGGCUCUGCGUGGACUGCAUCACCUCACAGCAGUGUCCGCGGGACCACUUCUGCGCCCUGACCACCUGCCGACCCCUGGGCCUGUUCGACGCGCCCUGCCGCGACGACCUCGAGUGUGUCUCCCAGAGGUGCGGCCCCACCAACAGGUGCGUGCAGUGUCGACGGACCGUCGAGUGCAACGUGGGCCAGUUCUGCACGCUGGAGGGUGCGUGCCGGGAUUUGUUCGCGCUCCAGACCUCGUGUACGGCCAACGAGCAGUGCCGCUCGGGCUUCUGCAGCGCGGCGCGGAUCUGUGUGCAGUGUCUGCUGACCAGUCAGUGUCUGGCCGGUCAGAUUUGUGACGCGGGCCUCUGUAGGACGGUGACAUAAAGCGGACAACUGUGAACCGAUGUGGUUGGUGAAAAUUGUGUCAGUAAAUUGGAAAUAAUGUUCCCGGGAGAGACUUGUGAAUGGCCUGUAGGGAAGUUGAAGUUGCUAGUGUAGAUAUGAGGUGUGAUGUAUUUUCUGUUAUUAUCUUGUUAUGAAAAGUGCGUGCUGGAGAGAGAUGUUUGAACCUCAAGAAAAAACACACAAUGCAUCCAGACUCGUAAAACGCUUGUGCAACUGUUGACAAUAUGUACGAUUGAACGCAUAUGCAUUAUGCAGGCUAGCUUUUUUAGAUACAGAAACGGUGCAUUUUCCAUAUCAAGUUUAAACGUCUCAUUUCGACAUUCUUUCGAUGGUAGCGUAGAUAAGUUGUGACAUUUUGAAGAUAUUUCCCACAGCAGUGUUUGGCGAAAUGACUUCUAAAAACGUCAAUUCGAUGGAUUAAAUAUUGCACAGACCAUGUUGUAAUGAAACAUAAAAUGUCUGAUAAUGGAUUGACAAUCCUCUAAUACCCGAUCAGUAAAUGUAAACCACUGGUGAUUAGUGAUAACAAUCAUGUUGCAAAAGUGGUAAGAUUACGGAAAUAUGCAAAUAAAUCACAUGGAAGG